UGUAGUUCCUAUGUCUUUGUUUCCAGCCGGACCCAUUAUCUACAGGAACAACGUGGAAGUUUAGUUGUUUCGCGCUGAACUUGUUUUCCUACCGUAUUCUUACUACGCCUAGAAUGGAUAUUCCUGGUCCAAAUAAGGACAACAUCCGUGCAGGAUGCAAGAAAUGUGGCUAUCCGGGUCACCUGACAUUCGAGUGCAGGAACUUUGUGCGCGUGGAUCCCCAGAAGGACAUCGUACUGGACGUGAGCAGCACCAGCAGCGAGGAGAGCGACGAGGAGGAUCUUCCGGAAGCCCCUCGGGACGACAAGCAGAGUCGCAGUGGACGCUCUAAAGGUUCCCGUGACGAUGACCGUAAACACAAGACGAAGAAAAGCCGGGAUAGAAAAUCAAGGAAAAGGUCUGGCUCGUCGUCCAGUGACGAGGAUGAGGACGAGGUGAAAAAGAAGAAGCGGUCUACCUCGUCGAGCGAUGAGGAGAAGGUGAAGAAGGACAAGAAGAAGAAGAGCCAUAAGAAGAAGAGCAAGAAGCACAAGCGGGAGCACGAGAAAACGCACAAGAAGAAGCAGAAGAAGAAGAAGCAGCAGUCCUCCUCUGACAGCUCCAGUGGCUCCUCAGACACCGACUGAAACGGUGGGACUUUGAGGAACUCCUGGACUCGAGUUCAUGAUCCACUCGCUGCACUCUUCUGCAACAACAUGUGAGGAAGAGUUAUGAUUUUCCCCACUGAGGAGAUUUCCUUUGGGAUGUGCAGAUUUCUGUGUUAUUUUCUAUUCAGACAAACUGGAGUGUAUUCGAGGUUACCAUGUAUUGAAUACGUCAUUCCAAAGUUUUUUAUCAGUGUUUUUAGUUGCGUACAUUCAUCAGGGGAAAAUACACAUUUGACAUGAUUGUUGGCCAAUAUGUUAACAGUCAUUCUAUUGUGGUGCUGGACAAGAACUUUAAACUUGCAGACCUAAACUUCUUGGUUCCUUCUCUUGUAGCUCCUGUGUUUUUCCAUCUUGGUCUUCAUGUAAUACAAUUGGACCAAUUUUCUUUGUGUGCUGACGACAAUAUUUUGCAUUGUCUAACACACUGUCUGGUCUUGGUUGCGAGUUGAAAUUCUAGCUGAUAUUCGCACCUUAGGAGACCUCAGAAGCUAGAUGACAUUAUGUUUUAAACAAAAUUAAGACUAAAUUACAUUCAGUUUUUUGUGUAUUUUUUUGCAAAGAUCGCAACUGUUUUGAAGGGAUGUAUUUUUG